GAAAGCGGAUCAUCAUAUUACCACUCCGUUUAGUUGGCACGCGCACUAUAGUACUUAUUGUUUAGUACUCCGUGGUACAGUACUGUAGUUUCUCCACCACUUGCUCCACGACGUGCGCGCCAGAAUUUGGCUCCGGCGUCGGCCGGCUCCUUCGGAUUCUUGCAGCGACGGUUUGCGUCCAGUAGGUGUUCGAUCCCUGUCACUCUCGGCCGCUCUCCCACUCCAUGCACUCCGCCCCCGUCGUCCAAAUCUACAUACCCGUAUGUUCCGUAGCGCCAGGGUGACGACAUUUCCCCGUGCCGGCUUUGCUCUGCAGGUAGCUAGCUUGAGAUGGCGCCGGCGCUGAGGCUGCUGCUGGCGCUCACCGUGGCCGCGUGCGGCGCCGUCGCAGGGGCCGCCGCCGGCGGAGGCCGCGGCCGCGUCGACCUGUGGCCAAUGCCGGCGUCGGUGAGCCGCGGGGCCAGGACGCUCUACGUCGCCAAGGACCUCCGGCUGUCCACGGCCGGGAGCGCCUACGCCGACGGGAAGGCCAUCCUGGCGGGCGCCUUCAGCAGGAUGCUGGCCGUCGUCCAGAUGGACCACGCCAUCAACGGCAGCUACGCCGGCCUCCCCGUGCUCGCCGGCGUCAAAGUGGCCGUCCACUCUCUCGACGACGAGCUCAAGUUCGGGGUGGAUGAGUCGUACAAGCUGACCGUGCCCGCGACUGGGACUCCAAUCUACGCCCAAAUCGAGGCCCAGACAGUUUUCGGGGCGCUCCAUGCUUUGGAGACAUUCAGCCAACUGUGUUACUUCGAUUUCAUCUUGGGUGUGACUGGGCUCCAUUCGGCCCCUUGGACUAUCGUCGACGCGCCCAGGUUUCCUUAUCGAGGGCUUCUUAUUGAUACUGGAAGGCAUUAUCUUCCUAUCCCAGUAAUCAAAGGUGUAAUCGAUUCAAUGACCUACAGCAAGUUGAAUGUUCUCCAUUGGCACAUGGUGGAUGAGCAGUCCUUUCCUCUUGAGAUACCUUCAUACCCAAAGUUAUCGAAUGGUGCAUACUCUUAUUCCGAAAAAUAUACAAUGAAUGAUGCACUCGACAUUGUACAAUAUGCUGAAAAACGAGGUGUGAAUGUCUUGGCCGAGAUCGAUGUCCCUGGCCAUAGUCGCUCGUGGGGUAUAGGAUAUCCGGCACUGUCACCAUCAGCUACCUGUCAACAACCACUUGAUGUCAGCAACGACUUUACAUUUAAAGUGAUCGAUGGAAUUCUGUCAGAUUUUAGCAAGGUUUUUAAGUUCAAGUUUGUCCAUUUGGGAGGGGAUGAAGUCAAUACAAGUUGCUGGACUACCACACCACGCAUUAAAACAUGGUUGCUUCAACAUGGUAUGAAUGAGUCGGAUGCCUACAGAUAUUUUGUGUUGAGAGCUCAACAGAUAGCAAUAAAGCAUGGCUACGACAUUAUUAACUGGGAAGAAACAUUUAACAACUUUGGGGACAAGUUGGACCGCAAAACUGUGGUGCAUAACUGGCUCGGAGGUGGAGUUGCAGAGCAAGUGGUUUCUGCUGGUCUGAGAUGCAUUGUAAGCAACCAGGAUAAGUGGUACCUAGAUCACUUGGAUGCUUUAUGGCAAGGAUUUUAUAUGAAUGAACCAUGGACAAAUAUCUACAACCCGGAACAACGGAAGUUGAUCCUUGGUGGUGAGGUAUGCAUGUGGGGUGAACACAUAGAUGCAUCUGACAUUCAGCAAACCAUUUGGCCCCGUGCUGCGUGCAGCUGCAGGUAUAAUGAGCAAAAGCGGCUGUGGACACCCCUUGAGAAGCUCGCAAAGGACCCAUCAACAGUCACUGCAAGAUUGGCACGUUUUAGGUGUUUGCUGAACGAAAGACGGGUCGCUGCUGCACCGCUGGCUGGCUAUGGCCGCACGACACCAUCAGAACCAGAUUCUUGUAUAAGGCAGUAGGAUAUUUGGUAAAUACCAUUCAUACAGGAAUAAACAUCGUUCCCGGGCAUUCUUUUCGCUGCUUUGGGCAAUUAAAAGCCCAGAUAUAUGUAAUUGGGGAAGCUCUGUGCUGCAAGGGGUGUUCAAUAAUAUUGCAUUCCCCUUUUAGGUGGUAAUAACUGUGCCUGGUUUGCGAUA